CGAUAUCCCUCGUUAAGAGGAGACCAUAUCCUCGAGCCCAUAAUCAUACCCCCCGAAGUCCAGAAACGAACAUCAGAACUCAUGGGGUUCGCUUCCCCUCCCUCCCAACCACACUCCCACUCCCACUCCCAGCAGUACUACUCCCCAACAGGAGAACAAAGGAUCAUAUACCGCGGCACAGACGUAGGCAUGCCCCAGUUCCCUACCCCCCAAGGCCAGGGGGAGGGGCAGGGGUACAGCUCCUUCCCAGGCUACCUCUCCCUCGCUUCCGCGCGAGGUCAAACCACGCCCACCCCUCUCAAACCCAACCCCACCCCUCAAACGGCGGAAGUGAAAGGCGACCCCAAACGCACCCCUCCCACUCCCCCCGCCCAGCCACCCGCCAAACGCUCCAAAACCUCUUCCACCGACGCGCCUAGCCAGAACCAGUGGAGUCCCACCCAGCCUAGCCCGACAGAGAGCGACACCAAACGUGCCAUGGCUGGGAUGACGAGUACUGUCAAGACCCGGCCUGUAGCGCUGUUGAGCGAAGAACAGAAAAAGGCGAACCAUAUCCAUUCUGAGCAGAAGAGACGCGCUACGAUCCGCAAGGGCUACGAGGCGCUGUGUGAGGUCGUACCGAGCUUGAGGGACGUCGUUGCUGCUGGUGGGCCGGGGGGGAGAGGGAGAGAACUUGGAGAGGAAGGGGAAGGGAAGGAAGCGAAAAGAGGAAGAGGAGUUCGGGCUCGGAGGAGUGGUAAAGAGCGAAGCGCUUGUCCUUACAAAGAGUGACGAUCGAGCACGUCGAGUCCCUCCUCGCAGAGCGUAACAAGCUCCUAACAGAACACGCGCACCUCGCUUCCUCUCUCCCCUCACACGAGCGUCCCCCCCCGUACGUCCCCGGGCAAGUCACUUCCCUCCAGCCUGGGGCUAGGGAGCUCAGAGUGUGGGAAACGCCCUGGUAUGGAGGGAGUGGGCUGCCUCCGGCUCAUAUGAGGGAAGCGAUGAUCUGGAUGAAAGGGCUUGGAGGGGAGGACGACGAGGAUGAGGACGAGGAGGGGGAAGAGGAUUGAGUGCCGGCUGGAGUGUGUGCUGCCGUGCGGCUGCGGCUGGCUGGACGUUCCGACCCCUCGCUCUUGCCUGCUGGCUAUCCGACCGAAAUACACGAAAAAAGAACAUGAAGACUAACUGUUCUCCGACUCCGACUGCCUCUGAAUCUCAUCCGACCCGAUUUCCCGAUUUCCGACUUCCGAUUUCCACUUCGACUUCCACCUGCUCCAUUCUCCCAAGCCUCUUAAUAGACCGAGCGCACCCGCCAGCGCACCGUAUCCCACCCUACCUCACG